CCCAGUGUACAACAAUAUAACCUUUGGUACGACAGCCAAUCGGCCUCUUCUCACGUCAGUCAUGACUACCAGGAGUUUUCUCUCGCAAUAAGCAAUGGAAACAUAUCUGUUUGCGGUCUCCCUGAUUCUGCUCUUCACUGAAGCCCUUGGUGAUGUGUCGACCGGCGGAGGCGCCCCUGGGGACGUGUGCGAGAUGGGCGGGGGCGUGAAGGGGCGCUGCGAGGAGGUGGGGGCGUGCCUGCAGGACGGGGGCGUGGUCCGAAGGGAGGGCGUGGUGACCCUCUGCCAGCAGAAUUCCGGGUCGGUCGUCGUCUGCUGCAGGAAGCCGCACCGAGUUGCCGACGAGCUCUGCCGGGCGUGGGCGGGCUUCUGGCGGAGCGAGGGCGGCCAGUGCAUCCGAGAGAAUCAGCUGAUCAUCGGCGGCAUCACGGGCCAAGCUUCGGGAAUUCCCCACAUUGCCAUUGUGGGUUACCAGCUGCCUGACAACAAAAUCAAGUGGGAGUGUGGAGGAACCCUGGUAUCCCCCCACUACGUGCUCACGGCUGCCCACUGCUACAGGCAAGGCAAGCAGUACUUUGUCAAACUCGGCGAGCACGACCUCAAACACGACAACCCGAACGUGGCCUCGAGGGUGAGAGGCACCUUGCCCUCGUCGCUCCACAAGGUCGAGUCCCUUCGCCAGGAUGAGACGGAGUCGAGUAAAGUCGAGCAGCUCCUGAGGGGCCGCUUCAUCCUGCACCCGGAGUAUCAUCACUUCAAGUACUACGACAUCGCCCUUAUAGCUCUCGAGAAGCCGGCAAUUUUCACCCUUAGCGUGUUGCCGGCCUGCCUGCCUACUGACCCCGAGAAGGACUACGUUGGCGAAAAGGUCACCGUAGCAGGAUGGGGAUACACUGGCGUAGGAGCCCCAGCCAUCACAGACAUCUUGCGGAAGGUGACAGUGCCAGUCAUCGACCUCCUCGAGUGCCAGUACCACACCCCAGACCUGUAUGGCAGAAGCACGCCCCUGGGUCUCAUGGAGGACCAGAUCUGCGCCGGCGCCCCUGGGAAGGACUCGUGCCAGGGCGACAGCGGAGGACCCAUGAUCUACCAAGCUCCCCGUAACGGCGUCUCCUGCGAGCACACCGUCGUGGGCGUGGUGAGCUUCGGCCAAGGGUGUGGGCGUCUCGGCAUCUACACGAGGGUCUCCUCCUAUUUAGACUGGAUCACCGGAUUCAUCGCCCCGAACGCAUGAUAUGUCUAGGAGAACGCAAACAAACGCUUGGAUCUGUAAUCUCACGUCGCUUUAUGAUAAUAUGUAUUUUCCAAUAUCACAUAUUUAGAUUAUAUUACUUGUGAGUUUAAGGGGGCCAUGGACCGCUGUAAAGAUGGUAUAUACUUACGAAAUAUGUAUACUUGUGUAGUUGCAACUGAGAUGCCUUUUAAGGAGAGUUUUGACCAGAUUUGCGCGAUUUUGGACCACUGUGCGUCGUUUAAAUAGAUGCAGACGCAGGGACGUGUACGCUGAGAUGAAAUGAAACCAGGUCGCAACAGAAACGGAAUGAGAAAGUAACGUCUCGAAUUCGUCAAGAGUUCUUCAUAAAAAGUUCAAAUUGAAAUGCAUCUCGUAAUAGCGUAGUCUCUCUCUCUCUCUCUCUCUCUCUCUCUCUCUCUCUCUCUCUCUCUCUCUCUC